CCUGAGGAGGAUAUUUGGCAGUUCACCGAAGAUGGCGGACUCCGUUGGCAUGCGGCUGCCGCUCAGCUCAAGUGUCGCGAGGAUGCAGAAAAUCGGCGAUUCUGUGUUAAACUAAUAUUGCCAGCGUCAGCUGUGUCCGGCGUGGGUGUUGCGGGACAGGUGGGAGCCCAUCCGAUCGGGCAGAAAUAAUUUCGUAACUCUGAGGAAUGCGAAAUGAAUCCAAUGAACGCUGUUCCCGUUCGCAAACCGCACGAGAGAUCACGGUAUAUACACGUUUGUCAGAAAGGAACGUCGCACCAUUUGCAGAUGCUGUAUCCUCGUCUCUGAGGGUCGUCGUUUUUACUGCUCCCUUAUCUUCUAAAAAUCGAACGACAGAAACAACCAUCGGAGGAGGCUCGACCGUAUUUUAGAACAGAAAAAAGAGAGAAACAGAGAGACUCAAAUUGGAAUCGGAGGAACACAAUUCUUAUCCGAGAAUACAUUUCGGAAUUUGACAAAAUAAUCCAGCACGCUCUAGCCAACAGUUAUUUGAUAUGGCCACAAUGGCUGGCGAGUAUACAUCCGUGAAGGACUUCUAUAGGGACAGGUCGAUUUUCAUAACCGGCGGAACGGGUUUCAUGGGUAAAGUUCUCGUCGAGAAGCUACUAAGAUCGUGUCCGGAUAUCAAGAACAUCUAUCUUUUGAUAAGACCCAAAAAGGGUCAGGAUGUGCAAGGGAGAUUACAGGAACUUUUAAACGCACCGCUGUUCCAGAAAUUAAAGCGUGAUUCUCCUGACGAGCUUUUGAAGAUCAUACCUGUAGCCGGUGAUGUGACGGAACCAGAACUAGGCAUCUCGGCGGCCGAUCAAGAUAUGUUGAUACGAUCGGUGUCCAUCGUUUUCCAUUCAGCGGCCACCGUCAAAUUCGACGAGGCUUUGAAGCUCUCAGUUACCAUAAACAUGUUGGGCACCAAAAGAUUGAUUCAACUGUGUCACCGCAUGCGCAACGUGGAGGCGCUUAUUCACGUCUCAACGGCGUAUUGCAAUUGCGACCGGAACGAUGUCGCCGAGGAAAUCUAUCCGGUAGGCAGGGAACCCGAACAGGUGAUUGCUCUGACAAAGUGGAUGGACGACAAGAUGGUCGAGGAAUUGACGCCGAAUCUGAUCGCCAGUCGACCAAACACGUACACAUUCACUAAAGCAUUAUCCGAACGAAUGAUUCUGCGGGAAAGAGGUUCCUUACCCGUGGCAAUCGUCAGGCCAUCGAUCGUAUUGGCAUCGUACAAAGAACCGGUCGCCGGUUGGAUGGACAAUUGCAACGGACCUACCGGGAUUAUCGCCGCUGCUGGGAAAGGUUUCUUCAGGACCAUGCUAUGCCAUGAGGACAAAGUAGCAGACCUGAUACCGGUCGACAUAGUGAUUAAUUUAAUGAUCUGCGCCGCCUGGAGAACCGCCACACAGCACACCGACACCAUCUCGAUUUACAACUGCUGCACCGGUCAACAAAAUCCUAUAACCUGGAAGCAAUUCGUCGACUUGUCGUUCAAGUACAGCCGUUUACAUCCAGCGAAGGACACGUUCUGGUAUCCGGACGGUCGUUGCCACAGCUCCGUCAUGCUGAACAAAUUGUGCGUGAUGCUUCAGCACACGCUGCCCGCGCACAUCGUGGACUUGCUCGCCCGGCUGAAGGGCUCGCGACCGAUAAUGGUCCGCAUACAGGCGAAGCUCUGUAAAGCAGCCAAAUGCUUGGAGUACUUUAGCACGCGCCAGUGGAACUUUAGGGAUGACAACGUGCGACGACUGUGGGAGCAACUCAGUCCGGAGGAUCGAGAGACGUUUCUGUUCGACGUCAGGCAGAUCGAUUGGCCCUCGUACUUGGAGAACUACAUUCUGGGAAUACGACACUUUAUCCUGAAGGAGAGUCCGGACACACUGCCAGCUGCUCGGUCACAUAUUACAAAACUGUAUUGGCUUCACAAAGCCAUGCAAUUUGGUAUGCUGAUAAUAAUGCUGCGCGUCUUGUUGUUGCGCAACCCCGCAGCGCGAAGUGCUGUCUUCUCACUGCUAUCCAUCGUGCUCCGCAUAUGCCGCUUGAUUGUUUGACGGCUCAGAACGUGCCCGACCGACGAUCAUGAUCAGCGCUGUGCUAGCACGCAGCGGCCGUUACCUACGGGGCGUUAUUUAAAGGUGCGAUUUCUUCUUCGACCUCGUUGCUCAGCCUCCUCGACGAUAAAGCGCUACCUUUACAUCCAUCGACUGGCCUUCUCGAUGUCGCUAACCGUUGACGAGUAACAAGAGCCGGUUAACACAGGAAUACUUGAUUCUUGGAAGAGUGUCGGUUACCGAUCCCUUCGGGUAAGAAUUCCAAUCCGACAGAACCGUCUCCUCGCGCGGGGUAUAAGUACGCUCCAGGUUUUGCAUAUAUUAUAAUCGAUAAUUAUUCUUGCAUUAGCAAUGUUAUUUCUUGUUCUUUCCCUCCUGUCCCCCGCCUAUUGCCCUCCAUUGUGUGAAAUGUGUUCGGCCGUCGCGAAAUCGAUCGUUAGUCGUCGAGUUGUAUACGCGAUUGUCAUCGCGUGUUCCAUUAUGCUAGACAGCUAGAGUAUAAAAAGCAAACGCGCAUCGCCACGAUUCCGUUCCGUUAGCGUCACCGAUACUUCAACAACGUCAAUUUCUAAAUGAAUGAAAAGCUACAGGUCGGUCCGCGGCGCGAUUGUCGCUAAAGCGUGUGAGCUUCCCGAGCGGUUUCCUUUACGGUUCCCGGCUGAGCACUCGAUUCUUUUGGAUGUACGCACGAAACAUUGCGCUUGCUGGAACGAUGACGAUCGUUACCAUCAACAUCGCAUUCUCGCCACCGCCAACACACCCUGGCGACACGACGCAUCUGAGAAUCCGUCGUGCCUUUGUAUUGUCGGUAUCUGACAUUCUUUUCCUUUUACUCUGUGACAUAAGAUACCUAGAUAGAUAUUUUGCUACGACUGCGAGCUUGACGAUUCGUGGUUGUGCGUAUACGGAGGCGACAAUUGGCUGUCGAUUUAAAUUACGAUACGGAGACGGAACCGGUAAACAGACAGAUCUUAGCUAGAACUAAAACGUACGAUGUAACAAUGCGUAUAGCGUUUCCUUGAGAACUGCCACACUGACGCACGCAAGAAAUCUUAGUCAUUAAAGCGUGUCUCGUCCAGAGCGACGAGAGGUCAAAACGGCGCGUGGACAUUUCUUAUGAAACUUGUCUUGAAACGCUACGCUAUGUUACAGUCCGCGUUAAUGAAAUAUCUCUAUGUAUCUUACACAACAUUAUUGUCACAGGAUCAAUGUACGAUAAAUCCUGAAGGCAUUGGCAACUCACCGUGCUACUCAGUCGAACGAGUGAGCUGCACGAGGCAAUUAAUAUGUGAAAAUUCAAAUUUGCCAACGAUUGUAAAUUUACACGUAACAAUUUCUUGCGAUUAACGCAAAACGAUAUAUCAUGAACUGUAUUUAUUUAAAUAAUUUAUAAUUUAUUCUAGAUAUUAUAUUUUAAGAAUAAUAGUACAAAAAUGUUUGAAAGAGGAGAAAGGGAGAGCAUAUCUUUAUCAAACUAUGAUCAAAUUAUAUUAGUGAUAUUUAAUUUGACUACAUUAAAUUUUCGAAUACUUGAAAGUACUCGGAUUUGAUCGUCGCACCUUCGCGCUAAUGUUACAUACGCGUUGUUGCCCGUGCCUCCAAGAUGACGAUGAUAUUAUGUUACGUAUGAUUCUAUAAACUAAUCUUUACUUAAGUAACCGUUCUACUUUAUCGCAUGUAUAAUUGAUUACUCGGAUUGGAGCGGGCUUCCUCUCUUAUGUUUUCUCGAUCGAUCAUUGGAAUGCUGUCGGGCUUCAAAGAGAAAGAGAGAGAGAGAGUGUUGUGUGUGUGUGUGUGUGUGUGUGAGAGAGAGAGAAAUACACUCGAAAUAGAGCGUAAGCGUAAAUGUAACCGGAGUAUCUACGGUUAACAGCAUAAGGAAACGACAAAUAAUUAUAAUCUCGCGCCCAGGAUAAAAAGAGGCGUAGUGCUACGAAGGUCACAUUUGCUAGUCUCGUCUGUAUUGUUACUUGGUUAUAUAAUACAUAAAAAAUGAUAUUUAAUAUGUAAUUAAUUUAAUUGAUUAUAUUAUGCUAAACUAUACAGAUUACAUUAAAAACGAUGAGUCAUUAC